AUGGCCGCCUCCAAGAACGAGACUCCCCGCAGCGGGCUGGCUACCGGUCUCAACAAGGGCCACAAAACCACUGCCCGUGUUAGCAAGCCGCGCGUGAGCCGCACCAAGGGCCACCUCAGCAAGCGCACCGCUUUCGUCCGCGAACUUGUCAAGGAGGUUGCCGGCCUUGCUCCCUAUGAGCGCCGCAUCAUCGAACUGCUCCGCAACAGCAAGGACAAGCGCGCGCGCAAGCUCGCCAAGAAGAAGCUGGGCACCUUUGGCCGUGCCAAGGCCAAGGUCGAGGACAUGAACCGUGUCAUCGCCGAGUCUCGCCGUGCCCACUAA